GCGUGGGGAAGCGGAAACACGGCACGGCACGGCACGGUGGAAGAGCCGGAGCGGAGCUAUGAGGACGCGCCGCGGCACUCUCCUGCGGCCGCGGGCAGAGCCGGCCGAGGAAGAGGACGAGGAUGUCGGGGAGCAGGCGGCCGGCGGGCAGGCGGGCUCCGAGGGCCUGCGCGACGAGGUGGAGGAAUUUCAUGAGGCACAGUUCCAAGCGGUGAUGGCGGCCCUGGAGAGCGGGGAGGAGACCGGAGGCAGCGAGGAGGAGGAGGAGGAAGUGCUGGGGCUGCAGCUGCCAGAGGACAGUGAGGAGGAUGGACACGGUGAGGAAGAAGAGGAGGAAGAGGAAGCACAAGGGGUGGAUCUUUUCCUGGACCACAGCGCAGAAGAGGAUGGAGGUGAGGAGGAGCAUGAUGGGGAAGGUGAAGACAAGGAAAGCGAAGGUGAAGAUAAGAAUGGGGAAGGUGAAAAGGAGUUAGAAAACGAGGUUGAAGAUGAAGAUGGGGACUUGUCCAUGGAAAGCGACUUGGAGGAGCACCAUCAGGACACCAAACUGCCUCAUGAGCUCUCCUGGGGCCAGCGCAAGCAUCUCUACUACGACACAGACUACGGGAGCGAUGCCCAGGCCAAGGGCAAGCGUAGCCAGCAAGAGGUUGAUGCUGAGGAGGAGGAAGAGGAGCAGGAAGCUCAGGUCAUUCAAAGGCGGUUGGUGCAGGACUUGGGGGAAGAUGAUUAUGGUUUAGAUGUGUUUCAGGGCUAUCUGGCUGAUCAACAGAAAACCCACGACAGCAAAGGGCAGAAGAUUGACAAGGAUUUGCAGGCACUUUCCAAGAAGGAGCAGCUCAAGCUGCUGAAGCAGGAGUCCCCUGAGCUCCUGCAUCUGAUUGAAGACUUUGAAGUCAAGCUAAUGGAGCUCAAGGAUGAACUGCACCCACUACUGCAGAUGGUCAAAAAUGGCACUAUCCCGCAAGGGAAAGGCAGCCGCUAUUUGCAGACCAAGUGUCAUCUGUACUUGAAUUACUGUGCCAAUAUCAGUUUCUAUUUGGUUUUGAAGUCAAAGAGGAUGCCAGUUCAUAAUCACCCUGUUAUCGAACGGCUGGUUGCUUAUAGAAAUAUAAUCAAUGACCUAGCUGUUAUAGAUCAAAAGCUGUCCUCACAAGUCCGUAUGCUUCUGAAAAACUACUAUGAUAAGAAGGAAGACAAGUUACGGAAGGAGAAGAAAUUUGCAGUGUUUCUACCACUGGAUGUUAAGAAAACCAAAUCCAAACAUGCUCCUGUACUUGCUAAUGGCUGGGCUUCAGCUGGUGAGCCCUCCAGUGAGUCAGACCUGGAUGAAGAGGCUGCCCUAAAAUACUACCAGAUGAUGGAGAAGAAGUUGAAGCUCAAGAGAAAGAGAACUGAAGAUGAAGACAGGCUUGGAGAAGAAGCAGUGUUGGAUGGAGAGGAUCCAAAUAAAAAGAGAGGUGUCACUUACCAGAUGAUCAAGAACAAAGGCCUCACACCCAAGAGGAGGAAGAUUGAUCGGAACCCCAGGGUUAAGCACCGGGAGAAAUUCCGGCGAGCCAAGAUCCGCCGCAAAGGCCAGGUCCGUGAAGUCCGGAGGGAAUUGGACAGAUAUGCUGGGGAGGUGUCUGGCAUCCGCGCGGGUGUUAAGAAAAGCAGGAAGCUCAAGUGAUAGUUCUUUUUCUGCGUUCCUGAGAGCUGCAAGCAGCACUGCUGAAUCCAAUAAAGAUUUUAUAAAAGA